AUGUCUGAUUAAGAACUUAACUUAGAACCAAUAGAUUCUUAAUCCAAGAGUUCUAAUAAUGAAGAUGUAUAAUAAUAAGAAGACAAUAAUAAUGAACCUCCUCUUACAAUAUUUUCGAAGGGUUUUAAAGUUGAUAAAAAGUAAGUGGAAUAAAAAUAAUAAUAAAUUGACUUUGAUUAAUAAAAUAUUUCUUAGGAACAACCUAUUUAAAAUAAUUAAAGUAAAGAAGAUGAGUCACCUAAAUACUUAUCAUUUGAAAAAUAACCUGAAGAAGGAGAAAUUUAAUUUAAUUAAUUCAAUAAUAAUUAAGAUAUUCAAGAACCUUAAUCAGAAUAAAUAAAAGAGGCAGAUAAGGAAGUAAAAGAAAUAGAUGAUCUCUAAAAUUUAUAUGAUGCAAUAGGAAAGGAUAAAUAAUAAUAGGAAUAAGAAAUAGAUAAAUAAAAAUAAGAAAUAGAAGAAUAAGGAGAAGUAAGUUCAGCUGAAGAUAGCCCAGAUUAAAAGACAGAGAGAUAGAAUACAAUUAUUUUAAAAACCUAAAGAUUAUAUAUGUUAGAAGUUCAAGAAAGAAAUGAUGAAGCUAUAAGAAUUGAAUUAAUUGAAUAACUAAAAACUUAAUUUGCAUUUAAAUAAGCUCAUCCUUUUGAUUUAUUUAUAAUGUAUGAUGAUGCUUUGGUUGAAUUUUAAAUUAGACUGGAUGAAUUAGAUCAAGCUCUUAAAACUAUAUCUAUUGAAUUAUAAUAAGAUUAAAAAAGAAUAGUAUAGAAAUAUUAUCGAAUACCUAAAAUGGAGACUAUUUCAACUAUAAAAUUAUGUUGUAGUUUAGUAGAAGAUUUAGGAGAAUUAGUAAUGAUGGCCAUAAAUUAUAUAGUUAAUAAGUAUAGAUUAUUGUUAGAUAUCUUUUUUGAAGAAGUGACUGGGCCAGAUAAAUUGAUUUCUGUGGAAACUUUAAAAUUAUUAAAUAGAGAAUGGAUGUGGGGUUUAGAUGAAGGAAAAUUAUAGUAAAUUUAUAAUUUAAUGACAGAUUAUGGAAAUAAUAUAUAUAAUUUUUAGGUAUUUAAAUAAAAGUUAUCUAAAAUUGCAGAAUAAGUAGAUAAGAAGUUUAAUUAAAAUGCUUAUUAAAAUAUUGCAAAAUCAAUAAUAUAAAAUGGUUCAAUUGAAUAAAUAUUUCGUUUAUUAAGAGAUGAGGAUUAAGGUAUGACAGAUGAAAUUUAAAUAUAAAAGUUUUUAGCCAUAAUAACUAAAUUUAUAGAGAGAGCUUUAUCAAAGUAAGAGUUAUUGGCUAUACGAAAAUAUUUAGCAAAAGAUAAAGAUGAAGAUAUAAUUAUUUAUUCAAAACUUAUAAAUGAUGCUUUGAAACUAAUAGAAGAUGAAAAAAUAUAAAAAUAAUAGGAAUAGGAAAAACUAAAAUUAGUUUAAAAAGAAAUUAUAUUAGAAUACUUCAAAAGUGUUGUUGAAAAAUCUUUAACAUUACCUGAUUAAUAUUUUAAAGCUGAAUAAUUAUUUAAAAUGGACAAAGAAACUUUUAUAGAAUAAACAAUUAUUCUAACUGGUUUUAUUAUUGAUAAAGAUAAAGCUUUAUAAAUUUAUGAAAUGAUUAGAGAUGAUAAAAUAGAUAAAGAUGAAGAGGAUAUUAAUGUGAUUGAAUUUACAUAAUUUAUAAAUAAAAGAAAAUAAGAAAUUGCAUAAUCUGAAUAAGAAAAAGUAUAAUAAUCAAAGGAAGCUUAAGAAAAAAUUGAAUAAUCUAAAGGUAAUUCAUAAUAAAUAUUAUAACCUCCUUCAUUAUUAAAAUAAGGAUAAUCUUAACAAGGACAAUCUUUAAGAUAAUAAUUAUAAUUGCCUUUGAGUGCAAUUUCUUAACCAUAAUCAGCUCUAAAAGAAAAACAAUCAGUACUUUAAUAAGCAUCAAGUAGAUAAUAAGAAAAGUCUUCAGAAAGAUAAUAAGAUAAGGUUUCAGAAAAGUAGAUUGAAAAAGAUAAUAAUAAAGAUAAUAAUAAAGAUAAUAGUAAAGAUAAUAAUAAAGAUAAAGAUAAUAAAGAAAAAGAUAAUAAAGAAAAAGAAAAAGAAAAACUUUAAUAAUUAUAAAGUAUUUCUCUUAGAAAUGAUAUAUAUUGUCUAUUUAAUGAACUUGAUGAAUAAAAACUUAAAUUGUUAACAUAAUAAUAAAUGUUUUCAGGAUUACUUAAAAUUGGAGUUAUUAUCAAAGGAUCAGAACUAUUGAAUUAAAAAUCAUAUGAUUAUUUCAGUUUUGAAAAGGUUAUAAUGCAAUAAUUGAAGUAAUUCUUUAAUUCAGCUAAAUUAAUUUAUAAUCUCAAAAAAGAAAUGGAUUAAUAUAAAGAAGAAGAAAGUGAUAUAGUAAACAUUCCAUUAUUAAAGUAAUUUGUUAUUUAAUUAAUCUAGGACAUUAUUUGAAAAAAUUAGAUUAAAUGUAAAAUUUGAAGAUAUUUAAUAUUUAUUUUCUAUUUUAGAUAAAGAGGGAUAGGGUAAUAUAAAGUUGAGCAAUUUAUUCUAUUUGAUACAUAUACAUCCAAUACUUGAUUACAAACUGAAUGAAUUAUUAUUUAGAGUAAGAAAAGCUUCUUAAAUAGAUGAAAGGAUAUUAUGAUAAUUCGUUAAAGAUGCAUAAAGUUUUAUAUUCAAAACUUCCUUUAAAUUAUUGUCGACCCUUUACUUCUAAAGCCAAUCUGCCUAGUUAUGCCUUUCGAUAUAAAUUAGACUUGUUAGGUGACAUUCAAAUUCAUCCUUCAUGUUCUGCAAAUAAAUUAUGCAAAAUUAAAUUAUUAGAGGCAUAAGGUAUUCCUUCCCCAAAAGAUAAAAGCACUUGUUUCAAAAGAGAAAUAGUAGUGGCUAUUUAUGAUAACUUUUAUAAAUAAUUUGUGGAGAACAGUCUUGUUCUCAAAGCUAAAUAUCUUCCUGAAAAUGAAGAUAUAUGGUAUUUUCCAGUGAAAAAUAGAAAUAAUGGAUUCUAUUUAAAUUGUGAAAAUUAAAAAGAGAAAUUGAAUUUAAUUUUAGUUUUUGAAUUUAUUAGUUAUUUUAAAGAGAACAAUUAAGUACAUAAAAUAAGUUGUUGUUUUGCAGAGAUUCCAGUAGCACAUAUAAUGAGAUUAGGUACAUAUAUAUUGCCGUUAAAGGGUGGUUCUAUUGAAUAAGUAGUUUCAAUUGCAAAGGAAGAUAUAAGAUGCAAAAGAGGAGGAAUUUCAGGACUUAUAACUCGAUUAAGUGGAGAUGUUUAACCUUAAUUAAAAAUAAUUAGUAUGAAUAAAUCAAAUAGACCUUAAUUACAAAAGGAAUUGUAAAUGUUACCUCCAUUAUGUCUUUGUCAUAGAAAUAUGACAUAAAUAAUUUAGACUUAUAGAAUAUUUUGUGAGGAUAAGUUAAAAUAAGAUGAAAGUGUAUUUAUUCAAUCUAUUGAUACAUUUUUAUUUUGUUUAGAUUGUCCUUAUAUUUGUUCAAAGAUGUGUAAAUUAUGGAAUAGAAUAAUACAAGGAAAGAUGAUAGGUUAAGAGAUAGCAUCAUUUUAGAUAUUAAUAGGAUAAUUGUAGAAAUUAAUUAGAUUAAAAGAUUUUAAUUUUAAUCCUUACUCACCUUAAGAAGUCUUUACUCCAGAAAUUAGUAAACCAAAAAGGAAUGUUGUAAAAUCAAUUUUUGAAUAUGCUGAAUAUUUAAUAGACAGUUCAUUUUUUAACAAAUUGGGAUUAGAUGGUGAUGAAAUAUUGAAAGAACAAAUGGACUUAUAUGGAUAACCAUUGAUUCAAGGAAUCUUUGAUGGUGGACAUAAUCCAUUUGAUAAAUAUUAUAAUGGAUUGAAUUUGAAGGCUUAUGAAACUUAUGUAUAAUAAUUGUGA